GGUAUCACCACUCGCUCCGCUCUUUCCUCCGGGCCUUGGGUGGAUCGCUCCUCCAGCUGCAGCCCUCCUCAGCCCGGAGCCGAAGACGUCCUCCUGUCCUGGUCUCCCCGCUGUUCCGUGGACCAAAACGCACCCAAGUAACUAUGGAAACCUGCUGACCUCCGCUCUGCCCUGAGAGAGGAUCCAAGAUGGCAGCUCACCGCAUCCGCGCCUCCACCAGCAGUAACCCUGUCUUGCCCCGCUGCCGCUCUGAGGGGACGCUCAUCGACCUGAGUGAGGGCGUGUCCGAGGCCUCGCUCACUCACGUCAAAGUCCCUUCUCCCAGUGCCUUGCGCUUGGACUCCACGGCUUCCUUUGGCGCUGCCCGUGAGGUGGUGGCCAUCAAGGACUACUGCCCUUCCAGCUUCACCACGCUUAAGUUUUCCAAGGGGGACCGGCUGUACGUGCUGGACUCUUCUGGAGGCGAGUGGUGGUACGCGCACAACAACACCGAGAUGGGCUACAUCCCCGCAGCCUAUGUGCAACCGCUGAACUACCGGGACUCGUCCUUCAGCGACAGCGGCAUGAUUGACACCCUGGGAGAGGCCAGCGAAGAUCCUGCCAAAGAACUGGAUCUUCUGGGAGAGUGGCCCGGAGUUCUCCUCAAACCGCACCACCACAACCCCUUCACAAACACCUCAACCAACCCAUUCAUCAGCACAGAGAGCUCGCUGGACCAGAACAGGAACCAAAAGUCUGUAGACUUGCUUUUCUUCGACCCACCCAUUGCGUCAGACUCCGGGAGCAGCAUUUUGAACCUGUCCAGCCCUCUGACUCCUUCGAGUUUGGGUCCAUCGUUGCGUAGAGACAACCCGUUUUUCAGAAGCAAGCGUUCCUAUAGUCUGUCGGAGUUGUCCAUUUUGCAGUCUCAGUCGGAUUGCUCUCAGGUGUCCGGAGGUUUCUUCGGAGCUUUAAAGGCUCCUGCGCCCGAGCAGUUCCAGAGCAGGGAGGACUUCAGGGAGGCGUGGCUUACUCACCGGAAACUUGCUAGAUCUUGUCACGAUUUGGAUUCUAUCGGACAGAAUCCUGGUUGGGGUCAAACGCAGCCAGUGGAGACGAACAUCGUGUGCCGGUUGGAUCAUUCUGGUGGUGCGGUCCAACUCCCUGACACCAACAUUAGCAUCUACAUCCCAGAAGGCCACGUGCUUCCGGGAGACACCCAGCAGAUCUCCAUGAAAGCCCUACUAGACCCACCACUGGAGCUGAACAGCGACCGUUGCACCACGGUCAGUCCAGUGGUGGAAAUCAAGCUGAGCAACAUGGAGACCAAAAGCCCAUUGACGCUGGAGAUGAAGCUAUCUGUGGUGGUCAAGAUGGAGAGCCGGCAGAGCACAGAGGUCCUCUGUGUGCGGAGCGACUGCAAGGAGGGCCCCUACAACCCUGUGCCCCAAGCCUACACGUAUGGAGACACGGUGCAGGUGUGUUUGGACAACCUAGAGCCCUGUAUGUAUGUGUGUGUGGUGGCCCAGUCCAAGGCCCUGUCCCCGGAGACCACUGUCUGGGAGCACGUAGUUAAGAAGAUUACCUUAGGAGUGUACGGACCCAAGCACAUCCACCCACUCUUUAAAACUGUGGUGGCCCUGUUCGGUCACGACUGUGCUCCUAAGACGUUACUAGUGAAUGAGGUGGGGAAGCAGGCUCAGGCGGCUCCCUCUGUGGCUCUGCAGCUGUGGGGGAAGCAUCAGUUUGUCCUGUCCAAGACCCAGGACCUCCAUGUUGGGGUCUACUCCAACAUGGCUAGCUACAAGGUCCAACCUGGAGAGGCCAAGAUUGUGCGAGGUUUCCAGGUCAAACUGGGUAAAGUGAGCCGGCUGGUGUAUGUCAUCUCCUCCCAGAGCGCAGAGGAGCUGUCCGACUUCACGCUGCGUGUCCAGGUCAAGAGCCACCAGGACUGUAUCCUCGCACAGUUCUGUGUCCAGACACCCACUGCUCCUCCUAAAGCAGGGCCCAAGAGCUCCGUUCAGCGCAGGUUUCUCAAGAAGAAGGAGGUGGGGAAGAUUGUGCUGUCUCCUCUCGCUGUGGCCACUAAAUACCCCGUGUUCCAAGAUCGUAAAAUCAACAACCUGAAGUUUGGAAAGCUGAUCAAAACAGUCAUCAGGCAAAAUAAGAACCAGUACCUGCUGGAGUACAAAAAGGGUGACUUUGUGGUGCUCCUCAGUGAGGAGAAGAUUAGGCUGAAGGGACACUUGUGGACUAAGGAGUGGUACAUUGGAUACUACCAGGGCAAAGUGGGUCUGCUGCAUGCCAAGAACGUGCUGAUUGUUGGAAAAGUUAAACCCAUUUACUUCAACGGCCCUGAGCUCACUACCUCUGUGCUGCUGGAGCAGCUCCUAAAACCCUCCAAGUUCUUGACAUACAUCUAUGCCUCUGUGAGGACCAUCUUGAUGGAGAACAUUGGGGACUGGAGAGCCUUUGCAGAUGCUCUGGGCUACAAGAACCUGCCUCUGAGCCACUUCUGCAGAGCUGAGCUGGACAGUGAGCCUGAGAGGGUGGCCUCCGUGCUGGAGAAACUCAAAGAGGACUGUAAUAACGCUGACAGUAAGGAGAGGAAGUCCUUUCAGAAGGAGCUGCUCACAGCCCUGCUGAAGCUGGACUGCCAAGGGCUGGUGGCACGCCUCAUCAUGGACUUCGUGCUCCUGACAACUGCGGUGGAGGUGGCCAGCCGAUGGAGGGAGCUCGCCGACAAAUUGGCCAAAGUGUCCCGGCAACAGAUGGACGCCUAUGAGGCACCCCACCGAGACAGGAGCGGGGUGGUGGACAGUGAGGCCAUGUGGAAGCCGGCGUACGACUUCCUGGUGACAUGGGCAGCGCAAAUCGGGGACAGUUACCGGGAUGUCUUACAGGAGCUGCACCUGGGGCUGGACCGCAUGAAGAGUCCUAUCACCAAACGCUGGAGACACCUGACGGGAACGCUCAUUUUGGUCUACUGCUUGGAACAGCUACGGAGCCACGCGUUCAGUCCCGCCCCCCCGGACGACUGCGCCAUCUGAGACCUUGCCACCCGGACGACCGUGCCAUCCGAGGCCCUGACCUCUGGAACAGCUGCAGAGCCACGCCUUCAGCCCCACCCCCCAGGAUGACUGCACCAUCUGACACCCUGCCCCCCAAAACACUGUGCCAUGUGGAACCCCUCAGUUCCCCGGGGAUGAUGGUGCCAUUUAAAGAUCCUCCAGAACACUGUGCUGUCUGAGGCCCUGCUCCCCGGGACAACGCCGCCAUCUGAAGCUCCGACCCCCAGACGACUGUGCCAUCUGAGGCCUCGGCCCCCGGAACACUGUGCCAUCUGACGUCCUGCCCCCUGGAAAAGCUGCAGAGCCGCACCUUCAGCUCCACCCCCCAGGACGACUGCACCAUCUAACACCCCGCCCCCUGAAACACUGUGCCAUGUGGAAUCCCUCUCCCCAGGACCAUCUGAAGCCCUGUCCCCAGGAAGACUGUGCCAUGAGGCCCUGUCCCUGGAAUACUGUUCCGUUUGAAGCCUCGCCCCUUUGUUACAUAUGAAACACCAUCCCUUGUACCACUCUGUCUCCGCAAGCUAUGUCACCCAGGAGUGCCAUAUGAAGCUCUGUCCCCUGUACCACUGCUCAGGGCUUCAGGGCAUAAUGGAACAGUCCUGGACCCUACUCUCCUUUUUUCCCUGGGACCCUGCAGUUGAGUGCACCAGCUGGUCUUAAGUUAGGGCUGGUCCUAACUCUUACAUCUACAGCUACAUCCGGCAUCGAAGUUAGCACUGAAUGAACAAGUUAAGCCCAUCAUAGCUGCGCCUGGUCAUAUCUUUCAGCCUUGUUCAAACCCCAUAUUGUGUCCAGCACAUCUGGGCUUGUUGUCUGGAAAAAUCAGUUCUUUAGUUUAACAGUGUAAAUUACCCAGAGGAGGUGCAUUAUUCAUCUGUAAGGAAAAAUUGCACAAGGCGAGAUAUCUACUUUAAUAUGCGUAAAAAAUGAAGGAGUGAGCAUAUUUCUGAUCAUAGCUGUGAUCGUAGUUAUGUCUGUUAUGUUAUUUGCACAGCUUUAAAUCUAUUGUUGUCAGACCUUGUCACAAUAAAGCAACUUCUGUAGCUAGAAUACACAAAAACCUUUAUUUUGUAAGUGCUACUAGAAGUGUUGUGUUGCUGCUGAGCCUGCACAGAUCAAUCAGUUUCACUUUAUUUGUCCUUGAGGGGCAAUUUAUGCACAUUGAACAGUUAAGUACAAUAAUAAUAGAAAAGCUUGAACAAAGUUUCGGGAGCGUAAUAGCCCUCAGGACAAAAGUAUCCCUCGGAUAGCAGCUGAAGUUCAGUCUUUAAGGUAUAGUGCACAAAGGGCUUAGGUCCAACCUGUGCACUAGUCAUAACAAUAAGGUAGUGAUAUUUUUCAGAUUAAAGGUACAUACUACAGUAUGUCUUAAGAACAUUCAUUCAUUCAACGUUCAUUUUAAGUUAGUUUUAGCUUUAUCCGUGUCUCACAAUGUCACAAACUUGGAAUUACUAAGUGUCUUUUUUAUGAAUCCCUGAGAUUGGCCAUACAAUUAUGAGUGUAAUUCAGAUGUGAUUUAGAUUUUAUUUAUUAAGUAAACAUGAGUUAUGUUUGUCUGAGCUGAGUCCUGCCCCUGGAACCGUGCCUGGAGCGUGGCACAACUGGGCUGGAGGAAGCCACACCAAACGAACUCACUCCAUGAUAGCCCUGAGCGAACAGGGCCAAUGGAAAAGAGGCUAUAGAAGCCAGAGUUUUCUGGGAUGGUAAAGCUAACAACAGCUAGCAUGCUAAAGCACAUUGAUUAGAUGCAGAUAGCGCCACACAGUGGACUUAUGUUGGUCUUAAGAGUGGCUUAUAUAAUAUAUCUUUUUUGGAGCAGGACACAUUUUGCUCUAAUACAUGGGAAAAAUCAGGUACAGGGCCUUUUUGUCAGACAUAGACCAGCUGAUGCACUUGACUCCUGCUCUUGUCUCCCUUGUACUGUGCUCUCCACUUUUCCCUGCUUUCCUCUUGUCCCUGCGCUCUCAGGAAAUAAACAUGUGAUUGUGUGUUAAUGCCAAAAACUGUAAAAAACACUCUUCUGAGCAGCAGACAGACUUUCACCUGACGACUGCAGACAUGUGAUAUUUUCUAUGGAUAUACAGAAUAUAAAGAAGAGCUCUUGUUUUGUAGUUUGGGAAAUAAAAACAAUGAACAUAGCAGAUUAAUUGUGAGUCAAGUGCCAUUGAAUGUGUGAUAUCAGGAGACUAUCAGGUUAAAACUAAUGUGAAUUCAGAUUCACAUUAAUUUCACUCGAUAUUGAUGUUAAGUUACCAUACUCCACACUCAGUACCACUUUUGAUACCAGGAUGUUAUUAAGAGCCUUCUUUUUUCAGGAAAUUUAAUUUUGUGAGUGUUGAUGCUUGGUCAUACAAGUAUCUAGUUUCUAUACUAGUUUAAAGAGGGGGUAUUAUGCAAAAUUGACUUUUUGGAGCGUUUUAUCAUGUUAUAACGUUGUUACCUAAUCAAAAAAUGCCUGAAGAGAUUUUAGAUGUCAUCCAUGA